AAACGUUUAUAACAUAAAGUGAUAUUGUUCUGAGGGUGAUCUCAUGUAGAUAACGGAUGCUUUAGUGAAGAUAAAGCACCAUAAUGCAAAACAUUACUAAAGCAAUUUGGUAAAGUUUUUUGACCGUUGUUUUAAAAAAUGAGUGUACUAUCUAUCAAAUGUGUUACAAUUGGCGAUGGAUGUGUGGGCAAAACGACAUUGCUUUUGCGACUAUCUCAACAGGAAUGUGACAACAAGCAUGAACCUACUGUAUUUGACAAUUACCUAGUAAAUGCGGAACAUAAUGGACAAUCUUUUGAAAUACUACUCAUUGAUACUGCUGGGCAAGAAGGAUAUGAAAUGUUAACAAGGUCCUUUUUUGAUUCUGCAAAUAUAAUUCUAGUUUGUUUCGAUGUAACUAAUACUGAUUCUUUUUAUAAUGUUAAAGAGAAGUGGUUGCGGGAAAUUGAAGUAUGUCCAAGCGCAGUAAAAAUUCUAGUAGGAACAAAGAGUGAUCUACGCAAUGACCCAGAAACUAUAGACAAAUUAAACGCUAACAGUAAACUUUUCGUUACAAAGACCGUUGCAAAAAAUUUUGCUAAAGUCCAUAAUAUGAAGUAUGUAGAAUGCUCAGCUCUGACGCAGGAGAAUGUUCAAGAGGUGUUAAAAGCAAUAAUGGAAGCGCCAAGAACGAAAGGCACAGAAAACGGCUUAUCGAAUCCGUGUUGUUGUGUUCAUCCUGUUCUACAACUUGCAAAAAGGGUACUGUGUUGUAAAAAUAAUUACUAGGGAACAAUUUAAAAUCUUUACAAUACAUCUCAUGUUUGGUUAAAGAAAAUAUGAUUAUUUUUACAUUACCUAGCUAAAAGUAGAGAUACAGAUUUCUAACCUGUAUGAUUGGAGAUUUACGAAAAAGUGUUUGUUUAGCAACAAAGUUUUUACUCGUUGUUUUGUUGGUUUUUCGAACUGGCUAGGAAAUUAGAAAACUUACUAACAAAUUUUAAUUUGAAUAUACGUAACAAUAUUCCGUAAGUUUCUGAAUUAGCAAGUAGGUAAGUUUUAGCAAAUCAAUCAUUUCAUUUGUUAGUCCAAUGCAGACAAUUCAGAAUCUUACCGGAGAAGCUUUAUGUGUUCACUCAGUAGAAAGAAUAGUAUUAUUUAUUGUUAAUCAGAUUUGUUAACCAUUUAAUUGUGAUAUUACUUAUAAUAAUAAAAGAUGUUUAUAUUCUGCGUAUUA